AUGAUCCCUGCCCUACCAUCAGUAGAUGGACAAGUGGCAACCGAAGAUCAGGUGCAAGCCUACCUUUUCUCCGAUUUCUUCAAGUCCGUCUACAUCUUUGAACCUAUUUAUCUCGCUUCUGGUCCGUCCGCUCGUCGACAGAUAUCUCCACCCCCUACCCUCCUCCUCAUUGCCCAAAAUAGGGGACCUAUAGUUUUCACAGGGCAUAGUCAGGGCCGAAUUAUUCCGUCUUAG